AUGGCAAAAAGCCCAGUUCGAACCAAGGCCGCAACGACGCUGGUGCGAAAACCACGCUUCUCCGAUUACCUCAGGGUCUUCACCUACGCGACGAAAUGGGACUUCUUCGUCUAUAUCAUCGCGUCGCUGGCGUCCAUCGCCGCCGGCGUGGCCCUGCCGCUCAUGAACGUCAUUUUCGGCCAGCUCGUCGGCCAGUUCACCAGUUACUUCAGCGAUACCACCACCAUCUCCCGCUCCCAGUUUGAGAGUAUACUGAACCGCCAGGCCUUGUAUAUUAUGGCCCUGUUCGUCGGCCGAUGGGCUCUCAACGCUGUCAACAAGUUUUGCUUCAGGAUGAUUGGUAUUCGGCUCUCAUCCGCCAUCCGACUCCACUACUUACAGUCGUUGUUCGCCCAGUCGAUCCAUGUCAUCGACUCGAUGCCUCCAGGGGCUGCGGCGACCGCCAUUACUGGGACGUCGGCCGUAUUGCAGAUCGGAAUUUCCGACCGCCUGGGAACCUUUCUGCAGUUCAACGGCACGAUCUGGGCAGCUCUGAUUAUUGCAUUCAUCUGGAGUUGGGAUCUUACCUUGGUGACUUCGUCACUAAUCCUGUACAUAUUGAUCGUCAUGGGUGUGGUGUUGCCAAUCAUCGUCAAGGGCGAGACUGCGACGACCGAGGCCGACGCGCAGAGUACUGCGAUAGCCAGCGAGGCACUCGGAGGAAUUCGGCUGGUCAUGGCUUGCGGCGCGCAGAGACAUAUCAUCUCCCGCUACGAGGGCUGGGUACAAGAGGCCAAGAAACGGGCCCAGAAGACCGCCCCCGUGGUAGCGAUCCAGUUUGGUCUCAUCUUUUUCGGCAUCUUCGGCGCUUUCGGGCUGGCUUUCUGGUACGGCACCCAGCGAUAUAUCGCCGGCGCUCUCGACAAUGCCGGCGUGGUUGUCGUGGUAUUAAUGUCCGUGAUGAUGAUUCUCACCUCCUUGGAAAGAAUUUCGACGCCCAUAAUCGCUGUCAGCAAGGCUAUGGUCGCUGCUUGCGAGCUGUUUACAGUGAUCGAUGCCCCUUUGUCCCCCGCCGGUACCCUCAAGCCAGAGAUCGACUCCCAGGAUAUCGUCUUCGAAGACGUGACGUUCGAGUACCCUAGUCGAGUUGGCGUAAAAGUCCUCAACUCACUGAGCUUUCGCAUUCAGCCUGGCCAGAAUAUCGCUCUCGUCGGCCCAUCCGGCUCCGGCAAGAGCACCAUCGUUGGCUUGAUGGAGCGAUGGUACUCCUUGAGGGAACAACACUCCUUGCCAAGGGUUAUUGAUGAUCAAUCAUCAGAAAAGCCAGGCAAUGAAACAGUGGAAUGCGUCAAUGAAGAACUGAAAUCGCUCAUUCGACCGAGCCUAUCCGGAACCAUCAGCAUCGGUGGUGUGAACCUGGAGGACCUCGACCUCAAGUGGUGGAGAGCUCAAGUCGGCCUGGUUCAACAGGAGCCCUUCCUUUUCAACGCCUCCAUAUUCAGCAACGUAGCGAAUGGCCUGAUUGGGACCGAGUGGGAGAAAGAGCCUGAGAUGAUAAAACGAGAGCUGGUUCGCGACGCUUGCCAGGAAUCCUACGCCCAUGAGUUCAUUUGCCGACUACCUGAUGGUUACGAUACACGGGUUGGAGAUGGUGGUGCUAAACUGUCCGGCGGACAAAAGCAACGACUUGCAAUCGCCAGGAGCAUCAUCAAAAAGCCCCGCAUCAUCAUCCUCGACGAAGCGACCAGCGCAAUCGACGCCAAAAGCGAGAAGAUCGUCCAGGCCGCGCUCGACAGAGUCACACAAGGGCGUACUACGAUAACUAUCGCCCAUAGGCUUUCAACGAUUCAGAAGGCCGACAACAUCGUUGUACUGCAAAGAGGGCAAGCGGUCGAGCAGGGCACCCACCAUAGUCUCCUCAGUGACCCUUCAGGAGUCUACAGUUCUCUGGUGCGGGCUCAAGCGCUGAAUCUGUCAACGACGGGGAAGUCGGUAUCGGACGUAUCUGCUUCGGGACUCGAUUCGGAAAUGGAGGAGAAAGUGCUUGUGGAUCGCGAGCAUCUUGCUUCUACAGCCUUCACCGACAAUUCAGAGGGAAAUGCUUCCAAUAAACCUCGAGGGCUUGUCCGCAGCUUUGGGAGACUCCUCUAUGAACGACGGGCGAAGUGGACGUCGUACCUAGCCGUCAUUCUGUCCUGCAUGGCGAGUGCAGCCGGUACACCCGUGCAAGCAUGGCUGUUCUCAAAGGUCAUCGCUGUGUUUCUCUUGACUGGCGACGAACUCAAGAGAGAGGCAAACUUCUGGGGCUUGAUGUGGUUUGCCCUGGCUGGGGCGGUUGGCCUGGCGUACUUCGCUCAGGGCUGGAUCGGUCUGCGUCUCCAGUACUUCGUCAGCGCGGCGUAUAAGAACCAAUACCUCACCGAUAUGCUGCAUCAACCUCUCAGCUUCUUCGACGAGGAUAGUAACUCGCACGGAUCCCUGAGCGCGAGAAUAUCAGGCGACGCGAAGUUGCUCGAGGAGCUGCUCGGCCUGAAUCUGGCGAUGUUGCUUUCGGGCAUCUUUACCGUUAUCGGUUGUGUCGCCAUCGCGCUCAUUUUUGGUUGGAAGCUCGGCUUGGUUGCCAUGUUCAUCACCAUGCCAAUCAUGCUGGGCGCGGGGCUUUGGAAGUACAGACACGAGGUGCAAUUCGACCAGAUGAAUACGGCGGUUUUUGCAGAGAGCUCGCAAUUCGCCACCGAAGCCAUCGGCGCCAUCAGGACGGUCUCCUCCCUCGGCAUGGAGUCCAUCAUCAACGCCCGGUACGAAAAGCUACUCAACGGACAUAUCCUGGCAGCGCGCCGCAAAGCUCAGUGGACAGCCGUGCUCUAUGCUUUCGCAGACAGCGUAAGCCUCGGGUGCCAGGCGUUGGUCUUUUGGUACGGUGGGAGGCUUCUGGCCAGUGGUGAGUAUUCCAUGGAGGCGUUCUUUGUGUGCUUCAUGGCCAUCAUCCAGGGUGCAGAGGCGGCCAGUCAAGUCCUGGCCGUGGCUCCCAGCGCAGCGCAGGCGGCCGCAGCUGCUGAUCGCAUCCUCGAUGUCAGAGAGUCUGCGGACGUUGGGCAAGCUGCGACGAGGGGCAGCGAAGACAUUGCCGAGGCCGAAGGGGGCGUGCGAGUCGAGCUGCGCGACGUCCACUUCAAGUAUCCCACGCGCGAUGUAGUAGUUUUCGAGGGGUUGAACCUCGUUAUUGAGAAGGGCCAGUACGCGGCCUUCGUCGGCCCCUCUGGCUGCGGCAAAACGACCAUCAUCUCGCUCCUGGAACGCUUCUACGACCUGAACAAAGGCCACGGCUCGAUCCUUUGCAACGGCGUCAACAUCCAUGAGCUCGACGUGUACGACUACCGCCAAAACAUCUCACUCGUCGCCCAGGAGCCGGUCAUGUUCCGAGGGACGGUCCGCGAGAACAUCCUCUUCGGUAUCGAGGAUCCCGGUUCCAUCUCGGACGAGAGGAUCCAUGAGGUCUGCAUCGACGCGUUCAUCCAUGACUUUAUCGUUUCUCUACCCGAGGGCUACGAAACCGACGUUGGUGCCAAGGGCGUGUCCAUGUCCGGUGGGCAGAAGCAGCGUAUCGCCAUUGCGCGUGCCCUGAUUCGCGACCCGAAGCUUCUGCUUUUGGAUGAGGCCACGUCCGCGCUGGACUCGGAGUCGGAGAAGAUUGUGCAAGCCGCAUUCGAGAGGGCGCGUGACGGACGCACCGUGGUUGCGGUAGCCCACAGGCUAUCGACCAUCCAGAACGCAGAUGUUAUUUUCGUCUUCAGCGAGGGGAGGGUGGUAGAGAAGGGGUCUCACAACGAGCUCAUUAGGAAACAGGGAGUCUACUGGGAGAUGUGCCAGAGUCAGGCCUUGGACCAAUAG